CGGCAUGUCGGUGCACUACACCCUCAACCUGCGCGUCUUCUGGCCGCUGGUGACCGGCCUGUGCACCGCCCUCGUGUGCCUCUACCAUGUCCUGCGGGGAAGCGCGGGCGCCCCGGCCCAGCCCCCCGACGGCGCGGACAGCGGCUUCCCGCUGCUCAAAGUGGCCAUCCUGCUCCUGCUCGGCUACGUCCUCCUGCGCUGUCGCCACUUGGUGCGGCAGCGCUUCCUGCCCGGCUCUUCUCGCCUGGCGGGCCACUCGCCUUUCGCUCCUAGACACUUGCGAGAGCCCGGCCUGAGCAUCCUGCUGGAGAGUUACUACGAGCACGAGGUGCGCCUGUCCCCGCAUGUGCUGGGCCACAGCAAGGCGCACGUGAGCCGGAUCGUGGGCGAGCUGGUGAGGGCUGGCCGUGCGCGGGGCUCCCCGGGUCCCAUCCCUGGAGGAGCGCUGGCCUUGGCCUUCCGCGGAGACUUCAUCCAGGUGGGCAGCUCCUACGAGCAGCAUAAAAUCCGCCGCCCCGACAGCUUCGACGUGCUGGUGCCCCUGCGCCUCCCUCCACCGGUGGCGCUGGAGCCGCGGAGCCUGGGCACGGAGCCCGCGCUAGCCCCUGCCUUCGGCAGCUGCUUCGUAUGCGCCCUCAAGGCGCCGCCCUCGCUGUCGGGGACCUCCGGGGGCCAAUGGCUUCGGGACUGCAAACCCUUCGCGGACGGCUUCUGCGUGGAUGUGCGCGGGCGGCGCCAUCUCUCUGCCGCGUUGGUGCUGCGUUGGUUCCAGUCGCACCUGCAGCGCUCCCUGGCUACCGUGCGCUACAGCUUGGAGGGGCGCUGUCGCGUCAGCCUGACCCCCGGCGGCCUGGAGCAGCCUCCCACCCUCCACAUCCUGCCCUGCCGCACCGACUACGGUUGCUGCCGCCUUUCCAUGGCUGUGCGUCUCAUCCCCGCUGUCCAUCUGGGCGACGGUGUCUUCCUUGUGGCACCGCCACCGCCACCUUCAGCCGUCGGGCCCCUGUUGGAGCUCCCAGGAGGCCUGCGCACUGAGGCACUAUGGGGUGUGAACACAGCUCGUCAGGAGCAGAAGCUCCUGGGCUGGCUGCAGGAACGGGCCCCUCCAGGUGCCUGCUACCUCAAGUGCCUGCAGUUGCUUAAGGCUCUGCGAGACCUGGGUGCCCGCGGGCUGGACCCGGUGGCUGCCACCCAGUGGGGACGCAUCCUGUCCUCAUAUGUGCUCAAGACGGUGCUGCUGACGGUGCUGCUGCGCGAUGGGGUCCCCGCACACGGCUGGGAGGAGGCGCACCUGAGCGAGUGCUUGGAAGAGUUGGUGCAGUUCCUUCGGGGCUGUCUGCUGAGACGGCACACGCUCUUCCACUGUGUCCUGGGCCCCGGCGGGGCGGCCACCGAAGUGGGCCCGCUGCCCAAGGUACUGCGUGAAGCCGCCCCGGUUGACCUUCUGGCCGCCUUCGACCCACACGCCCGCGAACUUGCAGCGGCGAGGUUGCUGUCCACGUGGCGAAGGCUGCCACAGCUUCUCCAGGCCUACGGGGGUCCCCGCUACCUUGCCAGGUGCCCCCCAGCCAGGAGUCAGCGCACACAGGGGUUCCCUGAAGAUGAACCCUGAACCUUGACAGCACUUGCACUUGACCAAAUGCUCCUAAAACCUUUCCUUCUGGUGACUGUAGGGAUGAAGCCAAAGGCAAGAUGACUGUGUUGGACAAUUUGGAGGAUGCCACAGGCUUUGGUGGCUUAGAUGUCACCCCUGGCCCCACAACCGAAUAUAGUUACUGCAUCUUCUUAACAUCGCAGGACGGUUCUGAACAAACUGGCAUAAUGCCCAGCUGCAGCUGUUGAGAUUUGGCCACAAGGGUGAUCUGUGUGGAAUCUUGUAGAAAGAUCUGUUCCCAGGGAAAUCCAAAAGAGAAAGCAAAAACUAGCUUCAAAGCCAGUUCCCUCAGUCGGCUUCUAGACAGACCUCAGUGCACCCAGAUUUUUUUAAAUUAACAAAUGUUUAUGACAGACCUAUUUGCUAGGAACUAGGUUCCCAAAUGAAUUUAAAAAAAAAAGAAAAGAAAAAGGAAGAAAACUCUCUGAAUCUUUAGGGACAACUGAAGUUCUAGUGCAGAAUUUAGUAUUCUGUUUCUCUAUUCAAAUUAAUAUCAAUGUAUCUUAUGGUGCAAUCACAGGUGUUUGAUAGGACGGUCAAUGAUUGAGUCUUCCAUGUGGCAAGGCCGUCAAGAGUUGGUUAGAGGCAUUUCCAGAGCAAGUAGCACUUUAUGCUGAUCACUUUUCUUGUUUUGUGGUGGGAGCACCAAGCCUUGCCUCUGAAAGGAAGGCCAGUUACUUUUAUUAUGAAAACCUGUGCAGCUUUGACAAGCAGCCACGAGUUGCUUCACAUGCCCCCAGGCUACGAGCUGCACUGGGUACCAGUCAGUCAACACCAGUUUGUUGAGCUCCUACUGUGAGCCAGCACAAGGCAGAGCAGCAACAAAAUACAUAAUUGACACUGGUGCAGGCAUAAAACGUGUUGGAUCUUGAGAAAGAGACUGUUGGGUCUUUUGCCUAUAAAGAUGGCUGGCCAGCCUUUGCUUCUGGCUGAACCCUUUUGGGUUAUAAGGCUUUUGAAGCAAACUCCUCCUCAAGGGUGUCUUUCUGAGUAGCUAGAGGCUGAAAGUUUCUUCUUGCUUGCCCGGGGAAGCCCACAUGGUCCCAAAGGGUCAGCUUUGAGAUGGCUCUUGAUUCAGCUUGGGUUUUGCAAAACAGUCACAUACAGAUCAGUACCUUGGGAUCUGUCCUAGAGAUCAGUGACUCCCAGUCCCAGGGCAGAGCCCGUAAAGAGCUGAGGAAAUAAGUUAGAGGGAGAGCAGGAGAGACAGCAGCCGUCUGCUCUUUUUUCUCUUUGGGUGCAGAUAUCACAGGGUUGGGUGAAUGGUGCAGCUAGGGAUUUGAGAGCUGGGUUUGAGAUUUUCCCUUUUUCUCCCAAAUGCAGUUCAAGGUUAGAGUGGUCUAAGAAGCACCGAUUGGAAAUGCAGCCAGUCUCAGCCUUAUAGUUGGGAUUUAAAAAAAAAAAAAAAAAAGACAUGUACUUCCUUAGAUUCUUAAAGGCAAAAGUUUGCAAGACAGAAAUAGUUACAUGAAUAGGAUCAUUGUUUAAUUUCUGAGCUAUUUUGGGGGAGUUGCAUAAGCUGCCUUUCUUUCGGGGACCCACUUGACCUCCGUGGGAAGUCCUUGUGGAUAAAUGAUUUACAGGGCAUCCUUCUCAUCAGACCUACAUGGGCUUCUUUUAUCCUUUUCAACCUUGGACUGAAAGAGAAACAGCCUCAAAUGGUGCGCUGUCUCUUUAAGGUUAUUCUGGGGACCACUCUCUUUGAUACCCCAAGGGUUUUUUCUAGCUUUGGAGGCGAAUGUCAAUUCAUGAGGUACUACAUUGAGCAAAGAAAUGAAUUACAGCUUCCUGCAAAGACAUAAACUGCACAGUGUUUUUUUUUAAUUUACUUUUUAAAAUAAAUGCCAAGAGUAGAUCUUGUCUAUAUAUCUAUAUAUUUAUAUAAACAUGAUUUCCAUACUCAAGCCCUAUCUUCCCCUGUAGUCAUUAAGUCUACUGGAGUGGGGAACAAUGGGCUAUUGGGUGGAAUAUAAAGCUUUAAAAACUAAAUUUUCCAGAUAUUUCUAGCUAAGUUGGUAGCUUUUUUUUUUAUCUUAAUAGUAUUUUAAAGUAUAAACCUGGUAAUGUAGUAUUCUUGUAGUUUUUUAUAUUAUUAUUAUUAUUAUUUCAGGUAAAUUACCCCAAACCUCAUCCAUCCUCAAGGUUUUUAAAUUUUAUUUUUUUUAAAUUAAUGGGCAUUGUAUUUGUGACUUUAAAAAUGUUAAUGUUUUAUUUAAAUGCCAUAUGCUGAGCAAUUAUUCUCUGUACAUGGUAACCAAAACUUAAAGAGAUUUCGAUCAAUUUUGAUCAAUUUUAGUGAUCCAAAACAUGUACUGUGUACAAAUGAAAUAAUAUGGCCUAUUAGCCAGGUGUGAUGGUGGCCCAAGGCAUUUACAUUAAGUUCAAUUCUGGAUUUUUAUUAGGGCUCCAUCAUAUCCCUCAUCUGAAAUGUACACAUUUUUUGGUGUAUGCUUGGUACUGGAGAUUUAUAUAUCAAUAUUCUCAUACAAGAAGGCUCUGCAGAAAUAGGGAGAAAACUGUUGAGCCAAGAAAAUGUUUGGGGGUAAUCCCAGUGGCUCGGGAGGCUGAGGCAGGAGGAUCAUGAGUUCAAAGCCAGCCUCAGUGACUUAGUGAGGCCCUAAGCAACUCAGUGAGACCUUGUCUCUAAAUCAAAUAUAAAAAAGGGCUGGGAUGUGGCUCCGUGGUCGAGCACCAUCUCUGGGCCACUUUGUAAGACACCCUUCAGUAACUCCCACUUGACCCGGCGCAGAGCCUUCCUGGAAUGUUUGAGGACCAAGAAAAGAUGGGUUUUGCAAGAAAAGAAUCUGGAGCUGCAGGAUGGCAGAAUGUGAGUGAGCAGAGAGAAAUCUGAAGAAUUCAGGAAGGCAGGCUCAAGGUGGAAGGGAGAGACAGAGGGGGCAGGAGGGAGAGGAGGACCAUCAGAGGGUGCGGGAGAGGUUUGGGUUAGGUAGGAAACACAUUUUUAGGGGUAUGCUCUUUCCAGCUGGGGGUCGCAAACUCAGCAGCCUGCGGGAACAAGGGAGGGAAGUAAAUAAGGAAGGGGUAGGGACUGUGCCUACUGAGAAGGGGGCAGCGUGGCUCAGCUCUGUGCUGGAAAAGGGAGGGAGAAAUCGGGAGGGUUUUUUUUUUUUUUUAAUUUUUAAUGCUAUUUUUUUUUUAAAAAAACUUCAUGAUUAUUUAAAUCAAUGUUUUUAAAUGUCCAAAACAUUUAGUUGAGCCCGAGGGCCACCAGUUUGCGACCCUUGUCUUAACACAGUCACUCCCCCAAGUAUGUAUAAGUUCCUACUCUUUGUCGUGGACGUGGUGGUAUUAUAUAUAGUUGGGGGUCCCAUAUUUCAGUUCUUCUCUAUCUCUCAGAGUUAAGCUUUAUUGUAAAAAAAAAAAAUUAACGUGGCCACAGAUAACACUUAACUUUCAGUUUCCUGAAGGAACUUUGAAGUAAAGCCUUUUUUUUUUUUUUUUUUUUAACUAGAGCCUCUGUCAAACCACUUGGCAUUUUUUCCUGAGGACUUGUGGUAAACCUCUUUUGCCCCUGGAGUUUACAGAUGAGUCAUCAGAAGGAUUGCAGAAGAACUUGUUUUCUUGUAUCUGGUUGUUGGAUUAAAAUUAUUCUUAAUGUUUUUGUUCGUGGGAUCCUAGCCUGUCCCUUUAGAGUCCUGGUCGGUGACCAUGAACAGUGCUGGGUCUCAGGGCCAGACGUCUUAGGCUGGUGCCAUUCCCACUGUGGAGGAUGCUGUUCCGGUCAGUCUUGACUCCUGAAUGCCUCUGUCCCUUUCCGACUCCAGGGCUCCCACCCAAGUUAACAUUUUUGCACUUGGAGGGGAUGAGCAUGCUUCCAAAGCAUCUCCUGCCACCUCUCAGAAGAGGCUCUUGGGUAACAUAUGACUUUGACCGUGAUGAAAAUGCUUCCUCCUCUCUAGCCACUUGGAUAACAAUUGUCUCCGGUGGUGGAGCGAAUGGACCUCAUCCACAUUCCCAGUGUCCCCUCAGGAGGGAACCAAGUUCAAUGUUAUCAUCGUGGUGUUAGUUUUUUUUUUUUUUUUUUUUUAAUCACUUGUCUGUGACUUAGACAUGUCUGUUUAUAAUUUUAUAUCUGCAUAGCAAAUGAGUGGGUGGGAAAUGCAAAUAUAGGUUGGGAGAGGGUAGAGAUGAUGCCAUCAUAUUACAGAGAAAAGAGACUCAAAUGUGCAGCUAAAUUAUAUAUAUAUAAUCUGUUUUUUUGAAGAUCCAGGUAUUCAGGAAUAUUUUAGCACCUUUUGUUUUAAUUAAAAAGAAAAGUGCCUUGAUUCAGUCACCUGACUUAAAACAUUCCUCUGUUCUGUGGUUAAAUACGUGUCUUCUGAUGCCAAACUGUGUUAUGAUGCGGUCUUGGGGCUGCAGAAGUUGUGUUCCAAUAACAGAGACCAAAGAGUUAACCAGAUCUCUCUCUCGGCUGCUAUUGCUGUGUGAUUAGAAAGCAUUUUAAUCACGCCAAAUUUCCAUGGCCCGGAUGGCUUGCGCCUGGCCUGUAUUUGUCUUUUGAGUUCAAGUUGGAGUAAGUUCGCGCUUUGCAUCAUCCAGGUCAUUCGAGGACCUUGUUCUUUUCCGUCUUGCUGUGUUAAUAAAGGAAUUUGUAGAAACCUCUA